GAUGGACACUGUUUUACAUGAGCAUGAUCGUGUUCCCAUAUACAAUUUUUAUAAAUAAAUUAUUAACAUUUUUUAGUCAGUGAAUAUAGUGAUUAUAAAUUAUUACAGGAAAAACGUAUGCUGUUUAUUUAACAAUUAAAACCAUGACUAAUAUUCUAAAAGACAAUCGUUUUACAAAAUAUCUGAAUGAUCCACGCUACAAACAAAUUCCAAAACAUGAAAGAAAGGUUAAAAUUGAUAAAAGGUUUCAAUCUAUGUUUAGUGAUGAGAAAUUUAAAGUGAAAUAUACGGUAGAUAAACGAGGAAGACCAAUAAGCGAAACAUCUACAGAAAAUUUGAGGAAAUAUUAUGAAUUGGAUGAAUCUGAGGAUAGUUCUAACGAAGGCUCUAACUCUGAUCCAUCGGAACAGAAUAGUAGCAUACCCGGUCAAUUUGUGAGACGGCCACCAAGCGUAGAUUUAGAGGAAAAUAAUCAAGAUGUUAAUAAGUUACAAAAUGACAAACUGGUGCGUGCUAAACUUGACCAUAAAAUUAAACAAAGGUUAUUGGAUUUAGAUAUUGACUAUGCCCGUGGAGAAGGAGUACUUCUAACUGACAGUUCUUCUGAUGAUGACAGUGCAGAUGAGGAAAAAAGUGAACUCGAGCAUGAAUGGGGUGAACUGGACGGCGAUGCAGGCACCACCGACGAGUCUACUAGAAGAAUUGCAGUUUGCAAUAUGGAUUGGGAUAACAUCAAAGCUGCAGAUAUAAUGGUUUUAUUAAACUCAUUUCUUCCUACAGGAGGUGUCAUUCUUAAAAUUACGAUCUAUCCUUCUGAGUAUGGACUCAAGAGAAUGGAACAAGAAGAGGUGCGUGGACCUAUUGAAUUAACUGAACAAGUUAAUGAUGAGGAUACUGAUUUAUCAGACAAUGGCGAAAAUGAAGAAGGUUCCACAUACCAUAUGGAGAAGCUUCGACGCUAUCAACUAAACAGACUAAAAUACUAUUAUGCUGUUGUGGAAUGCGACUCUGUGGCCACCGCUGACAAGUUGUAUAAUGAAUGCGAUGGUAUGGAGUAUGAAAGCAGCGCCACACAUCUCGACAUGAGAUUCAUUCCUGAUGAUGUCAAUUUUGAUCAGGAACCACGUGAAGUUUGUACUAAAAUACCUGAUUUGAACAAAUACCGACCUCGAUUGUUCACAACGACAGCAUUACAACAAGCUAAAGUUGAACUAACAUGGGAUACUACUAACCCCAACCGUACUGAUAUGAUACGUGGUGCACUCACUGGCAAAAUUGACGACCUAGAUUUAAAAGAAUACUUAGCGUCGAGCAGUGACGAAGAUGAAAAUAUCACAGAAGAAAAAGAUUAUUCUCAACCGGAUAAUGAAGAUGAAGAUCCUAUAAAUAAAUAUAAGAUGUUACUGGAUGACAUUGAGAAUAAAGAGGAAAAGAAGAAAAAUAAAGAUAUGGAAAUGGAAAUAACCUGGGGCCUCGGACUUAAAGACAAAGCAGAAGAGCUAGUGAAAAAGAAAACUGAUGAAGACAACAAAAAUUUGACCCCAUUUGAAAAAUUAUUGAAAAAGCGAAAGGAGAAGAAAAAGCAAAAGAAAUUAAAAAAUAAUGAAACGGUAAAAUCCGAAGGUAGUGCAUCCGAUGACGAAAAUAACUCAUCUGAUGAUAUUCCUUCGGAUAUUGACAUGAAUGAUCCCUACUUUGCUGAAGAAUUCAAUAAACCUGAAUUUAAAAAUAGUAAAAAAAAGAAUACCAAAAACUCUAAUGUGAACAGUAGUGAGGUAGAUGAAAUAAACGAAAAGGGAAAAGCAGAAUUAGAAUUACUGUUGGAUGAUGAAGAUGGUAAGGUACACUUCAGUCUAAAAAAAAUCCAAGAGGCAGAAAUAGUAUCGAAAAGAUUGAAAGGGAAAAGGAAACUUAAAGAAAAAAUAAUGUCACAAAAGCAAUCCCUGCCAGAUUUCGAAAUAGAUGUGAAUGAUGAAAGAUUUUCAGCGUUAUAUAAUUCACAUCAUUAUAACAUUGAUCCAAGUAAUCCAAACUUUAAGAAAACUAAGAACAUGGAGAGACUUAUUGAAGAAAAAUUGCGUAGGAGGCCUACAGAAUCGCUUGCCAACCAACCGCAACCUAAGAAAUCGAAACAAGACGCAGAACUUAGUUUAUUAGUAAAAAGUAUCAAACGAAAAACUAAGCAUGUGAACAAAUAAAUGUUAUUAAUUUA